AUGACAGACAGAACAGCUCCAACCUCGUCGCUAAAACUAGAAUGGGUGUACGGUUAUCGAGGACACCAAUGCAGAAACAAUCUUUACUACACUGGCGCGAAGGAGAUCGUGUAUUUUGUGGCUGGAGUGGGGGUGGUUUACAACACGAGGGACAACUCACAACGAUUUUUUCUUGGACACAACGAUGAUAUUAUCAGGUUUGUAAAGUUUAGGGCUUGUACAGACUAGUUUCUCCUACAAGGUAUCUCCUACAAGCAGACUUGAUAAAUGCGGUAUUUGCUUGAUAUAUUUACCGAUCCCUUGUGCAAACUUGAACAAUGCAUGCUUCUGGAUGUUGACCGGGUUACCGUGCAAGCGCCGUGUAAACUCUAUUGACGGCAUGCAUGAGUUUGUUUCAAAGUACAUUGAAAUUCUAAUUGCCGAAAAAGUAUUUUCUGGUGAUACUUCCACAAGAUAUUUUUGCUUGUGCAUUUUUAACGACACCUUAAAAGGAAGGGCCUUUUUACUGGGCCAUAAACAUACAUUCUUCGAAUCAGUGUUUCAUAGCUGGGGUCUUUCUUUUGGUUGAUUGACUCUGGUGAAUGAACACUCACUUUAUUUUUAUUUUAGGCUUAUAUUUAUAUAUUGAACAACGUUGUUCUUCGAUUUCACAUCAAUUAAUUUGUUUCAUUUUGUAGCCAUACGAGAACAAAAUAUUUUUAUACCCGAACUUGAUUCCGGGUAUACUUUUCUACGAGACAAUAAUUUACGAUUAUCUGUGUGUCAGUUUAUUCUAUGUGAACGCAUAAAAGCAGAUAUAUUUUUAAGUACUCGUCAUUCAAGAUGUUUUAAAAAUCGAGGCGACAAUUUAAAAAUGUGUUCUUCAUAUUUUGGUGAGCAAUAUUCUCAAGUCGACACACCCUUAUUUUAUUUUAAUUGAAAAUGGAAGUUUAAUUCAGUCACCAGAGAAAUUUAUGAUAAUAUAAAUUAUUCUUAGAAUCUGCCUUUCAAAUACAAAUAUACUAUGGAACUGUAUAUUAAUAAGACAGUUAAAUAUUGAAGCUUGCUGGCUUUGAACUGUUUUGAUUUUAUAAUAGCUUUGACUGCCUACAUGCAGUUCUAGCCUGCUUUUCAAUUUGCGUUUGACACAUCAAAAUGAAAGACAAAACAAAACAUACAGGUGCAAUACAUUUUUCUUGCUGCUGUCAGGUGCAAAUUAACAAUUUAUCUUUGGACACUGAUAUUUCAAAGUAAUAAAUUAAUUAUUUACAUGUAGAUUAUGGUCAUUCAACAUCCAGAAUGGACCUGUAUAUAACCUAAGUGCUAAGAUUUUGUUUGAGAGCAUUUAUGAAUAGGAGGUAGUUUUACACAGGUCUGUUAUUAGUUAUUAGAAGGUAAUUGCAGCCUGAAUCCUUAUAAUGGCCUUUUCAGUAUUUCUUUGCUUAUCUAGUCCAUUAUUUUCUGGGGAACCCUGAUGCACUGUGGUGUUAUUUCAUCUGUAAUCAUAACUAUAACAAAAUUGUCAAAUCUGAUGAUUGGCUAUCAACUGCCCUGAUUUCAGCCUUAAUUGGACAGUUUAAUAGGACAGUACGGGUCAUGCCUAAGUAAUUGGACAAUACACGCCAUCACGCGUGCGCUUAAAUGGCUUUUUUUUUCACUGUUAGCAAAAACAUCUCUUGCGUUUUGGUUUAAAAAAGAGCCUAAUAUAUCACAAAUUUUGUAAAGUUAUGAUUAAUUGGUAACAGAACUUCGUGUCGUCCAAUUCGGUCUGUAAUCAUACUCGUGAUUAAACAAAUCGGACUCCCGCUAUGCGGUCGUCCGAUUUUGUUAAUCACUCGUAUGAUUACAGACCUCUUGCUGGCUUUGAACUGUUUUGAUUUUAUAAUAGCUUUGACUGCCUACAUGCAGUUCUAGCCUGCUUUUCAAUUUGCGUUUGACACAUCAAAAUGAAAGACAAAACAAAACAUACAGGUACAAUACAUUUUUCUUGGUGCUGUCAGGUGCAAAUUUACAAUAUAUCUUUGGACGGCCUGAUAUUUCAAAGUAAUAAAUUAAUUAUUUACAUGUAGAUUAUGGUCAUUCAACAUCCAGAAUGGACCUGUAUAUAACCUAAGUGCUAAGAUUUUGUUUGAAAGCAUUUAUGAAUAGGUAGUUUUACCCAGGUCUGUUAUUAGUUAUUAGAAGGUAAUUGCAGCCUGAAUCCUUAUAAUGGCCUUUUCAGUAUUUCUCUCCUUAUCUAGUCCAUUAUUUUCUGGGGAACCCUGAUGCACUGUGGUGUUAUUUCAUUUGUUAUUGUGGGGCUCUUCUUGGCAUGAAGUGCACAGGAGAGCACCAUGGGUAAUAAAAUUUGGUUAUCCAGUAUGUAUCCAAGAAAUUUUGGUUGGAUUUUAGACAAAAUUGUACGUCUAUCAAUCUAUCCAUAGUAUAGUCGAACCUCCCGUAAGCAACCACCCGAAAUGCAAAGGCUUGGUGGUCACUUACGGGGGGUGCUUGCUUACGAGAGUCAGACUGCAAGGUCGAAAUUUCUAAGUCAACCUAGAAUGGAGUGGUAUGUUUACUUACUGAAAGUUUACUUCCCCCUGACAAUUACUGGUAGUUUUUAUGACAAAAUCAUCGGCCAUUGUAUGUGACAGUUCAUUUGUAAUUAGAAGUGCAAUUAAUUAGAUGACACCUUCCUUUUUGUCCAUUUUUACAAUGUACUUACCUGUUUAGUAUGACCAUGUGUCAAGUAGUCGCUUACGGGAGGUGGCUGUUUAUGAGAGGUUCCAGUUUAUGGCUUUGACAGAAAAUAUUUUUGGUGUUUUGCGAAGGUGGUCACUUAUGGGAGGUGGUCGCCUAAGGGUGGUCGCACGUGGAGGUUCGACUGUACUUAUGUUCACCCCUUGAUGUUAGUGAAUGUCACUUACUAACUUAGGUUGUUUACCAUUUACAUGGGCAAACUGGUCGGUCCAUGAUUUGGUCAACUGGUACCCAAAAUUCAGGACUGGAACAUUUCGUCCCGGAUUUGCAUUUACUAUUUGUACAAAUCAGGGAUCUUGCAUAAUUUGUGCACCCCUCGGACAAGUACGGUUCGGCACUAUUGGCCAAUAUGUCGAUCGACUCUUGAUCACCAUAUCAGUCGACUGUCGGUUGACAUGUUGUUGGACACUUGAUCAAUAUGUUGGCCAGUGCAUUGGCCAGCAUAUCAGUUGACAUGUCGGCUGUCACUCGACUGCAUGCCGGCUUGGUCAACUGUCAUGUAAUAUAAUCUGUGCUUUGAAAUCAGAAUGGGGGAGCUGGGUUUCAGUGUUACACUCAUCCCACAUCAGUCUUCAAUGCCAUAUCAACUUGUUGGAUUUCUGCCAUUGUUCUACAUGUGUUAUGAUGUUAGAUUGUUUUUGAAUACCUUUCAAAGGUGAUGCCAAAGCGGUCCCUAUUUUUUUCCAAAAAAAAAAUUGCGCACACUUGAAAUUAUACUUUCACAUUUAUAGUCAAGACUAGUUAAAGCCACCAAAGCCUCUUAAAAAUUGCUGCAUGGACAAUGUAACAACAAAAAUUUGAGUAGACCAAAAACGUACCAUUGACUAAGUAGCAGUGAAGUAUCGUCUGAAUGUCGGUAGCCUAUCAAUUGAUAUGUCACCCGGCUAUCUGUCAACAUACUGACCAACACCGUCAGCCAAUAUGUUGGUUGACAUGUUGGCCAAGAGAUCAACCAGGAUUCGGCUGAUAUGUCGAUCGAUAUGGCAACCGAGAGUUGGCAGACAUAUUGGUUGACAUGUUGAUUGUGUAUCAGCCGAUAGUGUCAACCAAUACUUGGCUAGGGGUGCACAAAUUAUACAAGAUCCCAAAUCAGUUACAACCGUGAAGGUUUGAAACUGUCAUCAAAGAUGGCUUUGAAGCUAGAAAUGGAACAUGAAUUUCCAUUUGGAAUAUUCUGUCCGGAAAAACAGGACUACCUUUUCAGGAUUUCCAUUGCUCCCUGAAAUUUUUCUGCUGGAACGACCCCAGAAGUCAGCUUCCACUUGCUUUCCAACUGGAAAUGGUAAACAACCUUGCAAAUGGUACAUUUUGUAAACGGUAAACAACCUUGGAGUCCAAGGUAUACCGUAAAAUUCUGAAAAUAAGCCCCGGGGCUUAUAUUUUUCAAAGGCCCUUUUUGAGGGGCUUAUUUGUGGAGGGGCUUAUAUUUGGAGGGGCUUGUGUACGGAGGGAAAUUUGUGUUUCAAAAUCAAUUGGGCUAGCUUGUAGUGGGAAGGAAAUUUACCAUUUUUGCUUUGUUUUACUUGGUAUUCGAGGGCAAAUUCCAAGUACAAGCCCCUCGGGGGGCUUAUAUUUGGAGGGGCGAUUUAACCGAGGGUUUUUUGUGUUACAAUUUUGGGGGGCUUAUAUUUGGAGGGGCUUAUUUUCGCAAUUUUAUGGUAUAUCUAGUAAGUUAAACUUAAUAUUUGGGAUCCACGUUAUGGUCAAUAUUGACAGCUAUAAAAAAGGGUAUCCACUGACCAGUGUCACUUAACUGUAUUGCAGGCUCAGGUGUACAACUCAUUGAGGUGACAUGUUUUUUUAAAGUUUUUCGGAUUUCAAGUAAGAGGGAUGAUCGAAUCGGGGGCAAAAAUCAAAACCCAAAAAAAUCCCCAGGACUUCAAACAAAACCAAAAAAAUCCCAUGCCGAAUUUCCUAGCUAUAAAAAUUUCCAGAAAGCAUUAAAUGAGACAUAACACAAAAAGUAGAAACAUAAGUAAACCUGGAAUGUUUGUGUUUGUUUAUUCAUCUCACCAUGGUCAUUGUAACAACACUCAAGACACCCAAGAUCAUAUUCUGUUACAGGAGUAACAUUAUGCAGAAUGACAACUCUAAACUAUGCGGCUGGGAUACGCAGGAACUAUCACGCAUGUUCAGAUUGGUUCGAAUACCCCAAAAAAUCCCUACUUAAAAUCCUGAGUCCUCCCCUGGGGGCAGGCUAGCUUCCAUUUCGUUUAGGAGGGAUUCAGUUAACUUCUUGCUUAUGGCAAAUGCUGAAAAAUCCCAUGUGAGAGCUUUGCUUUUGACCUUGCCUAAAUGUAUACUGCAUAUUAGUGAAUUGAUUCUGCAUUGAAAGAAAAAAAGUUUUCUUGAAGUAAACCAGACUGAUGUGGCAUUCUUAUCCUUUUAUAUAGUUUAGCCUUACACCCAGAUAAACAGUUGGUGGCAACUGGACAAGUUGGCAAAGACCCAUACAUCUGUGUCUGGGACACACGGUCAUGUCAGACUGUAUCGAUCAUGAAAGACACCCAUCAAAGGGGAGUCACAUGCUUGGCAUUCAACAAUUCCGGCACGGUAAGCUUUGCUGUGACAUGCAGACAUGCACCACACAACUGCGUUAUGGAUAACUGUUAAAAUAGGUAUUGUUUGCAUUCCUGCAUUUGGAAAUUAAAUUGGAUACAAUGGCUUUGAAAUUACUACCACAAUUUUAUUCUUUUAAUUUUUAUCAGGUAAACUGGUAUGAAUUGUAAUUAUAAUAAUUGGUAUCUCUCAGUUAGUAUAAUCUUUGUGGUUAGUUAUAGUCUAGUGGGCCAUUUUCUACUCUGUGGCCUGCUUGUCGUUAUUUCUCCUUGUCUUGUAAACCUUGUUUUCUUUGUACAUAAUUUAAGCUGUGGAGCCUCUGACUUUCUCCUAGGGAUGAAUUCAUUAUCACUCACACACUUCUCCCUUGGGCUGCUAUGAUGUAACAAACUUCGUCCAUUCAUGUCUGUCCAUGCAUAUCUACUGCUAGAUAAUUCUCUCUCUAACUGAGUUUGAGGUCUGUACUGUAAGUGACACGAUGAAUUCUCUUUCGCCUAGAAUAAGCCAUUUAUGGUUACAAGUGGAAACAAGGCUGUAGUUGACCUUAUUUUGAUACAACCGUUCCUGCUUUAUUAUCAUUACUUCGGUGGAGCGCGAAGUAAAGGAUUCGCGACGCUCAGAAAUGACUUGUAUCAAAGUUGCAAUUUUUUGACAAGAUUGGGCAAGCAAAGUCUGUAGGUUUUCGGCUCUAUUCAGCUAUUUGACGAAGUGAGAGCCGAAUUAGUUCGAGAUAUCUCGAGAUCACUUCCAUUUCUUUGAUUUAUUCUUAAACUUUUUCGAGGAAGAAAGAAUUAUUAUUUUGGCCUUCCCGGGGUUUGAACCGACUCACCUGUGUGACCCGUCAGAUUAGAGGAGACUCUAAGUUGAGAAAUUGGCCGAUUGCGCUACUGCAACCCAAGGUAGUUUGGGAUAUGAAAAAUAGUUAUGAAAUGAUGCACUAGUUUCGGGACAAGAUUGGGCGUGCAAGUUCAUGACUUUUCGGCUUGUUUCAACUAUUUCACAUAAUGAGAUCGGACUACUUCGUGAUAUCUUGAGAUCACUUCGAGUUUAGUCUUUAAUUAUUCGAGGAAUAAAUAGAGGAUAUUUCGUGGCCACGCAGAGACACGAAAUUUCUCUUCGAGUGUUGAAAAACAUUUCACGAGUGAGCCCUCCUUUCGAACUGUUUUAUGAUGAAUUUAAAGUUACAAAAUGCUGCACAAAGACAUUUUGUCUUUGUUGAGUGUUACGUAGUAAAAUUGCUUUCAUGCGUUGGGUGACUUUCUUCGGAUUAGCCAUGAAUAAUUAAUUAGGGCAUGUUUACAUUUCAGCAUGAGUCAGCAGAUUUGCAUCAGUUACUGAAAUCAUAAAAUAUGUAGAAAAGCUUCUACUAUUCGCCUGUUUAGUAUUUUCUAGAACCUUAUGUCAAACGGUAUACAAGUUCCAAGCGAGUUCUUUUUUCGAACUAAGUUUUUUCCCACGAGCUGGACUACUGUGUUUAGUCAAGUGUGAUGAAAGUCGAUUAUUCAGGUUCUGUGUUUACAAGUUCGCGGAAACCGUAAGAUAUCUGAAGUUCAAGUGAGAGUUUGUUAUUAUUGGUAGAGGCUGUUUAGUUUUACUCAAAGUUCAAGUCAAGUUUGUGUUGGCGGAUGCUGUGUUUUAAAGCUCUGUAAAGGCUAUGUUCCUUUGGUGUUAAACUUCCUUGUGUUAAUCCGACAUCCCUGCGUGCUGAUAGUCAGUGAAUAAUUAUCCUCGAAACAUUCGAACUCGUGACUUUGAGUUUUAGCCAAUUCCAUUCUCAACGUAAUUGACUCCUUACCCAUGACUUACAUAUCGUUAAUCAGUACAUGAGACUGCUAUGCUAUUUGUGAAGCCUGAUGUGACUAAGAAAAAUAGAGAAUUGUUUUUUAGAAGGAUUUGUAUGGAGUCAUCAGAGCAUAACUGGGCUAAUAUCGUGGAGACAAUUUGUCCUGAAAUGCUAGUUUUUGGCAAGUAGGCGUCUUGGAUGUUGCCCUUUUCAGAAUAUCCUGACAAAUCCCAUAAUUUCACACCUUACUCUUACCAUAUUUGAUUUCUUACUAUUCCUCCGCAUUUACAAUUAAUUAGUUCCACAACCACGAUGCCGAAGUGUACGCUAGCUCCGUAGCGUCUUGUUUAUUAAAUCAUGGUGUCCUUAUGCAAACUAGUAUUUUUUAAGCAUAAUUUCCAUGAGAAAAAGGAGAAGGUUUGUAUCAAUUUUUGUGAGUGAGCUAUAAAUCUGAGCACCUAAAAUAGGGUUCUGUAAGUUCCUCAUGAAAUACCCCCUUUCACAGCACUGAUCUAACUCUUGUGCAGACUUAGUGUCCAUCUCCAGGCACCACUUAGUAAAUUGAAGCCAUGUGCCAUUUUGUUGGCCUUACCAUAUCUACGUAAUAUACAUGUAUGUGAUAGAGCUGUUUAACCCACAUCAAACCUUUUUUUUUUGAAGGACCACUGGCAAGACUUCCUUUACCUAUAAACUGAUUGUAAUGCUGUUUGUGACAUUUUCAGCUGCUUGUGUCUGUGGGUUUGGAGGACUAUCAUCUGAUAGCAGUGUGGGAUUGGAAAAAGGGACGUGUGUUGGCUACAGUGAGGGGACACACUGAUCGAGUGAGUCGUUUUGAGUAGUGUUAAUUAUUUUAAACAGUCUACUCAACAGGGACAUUGUUACUUCACAAUGUUUAUUUUAUUGAACUUGCAUAGACAACAAAUUCUGCAUUGGCUUUUUGGCCUCACAUGUCUUUUUGUAAGUUCUGAUUGUUGCAUUAAUUAGUCAAACAUAAGUUGCUGCUUUGCAUUCUUUCCUUUAGUCUUCUCUUGUUUCUUCCUGUAGAUAUUUGACAUUCAGUUUAACCCAUAUCAAGAGAAUUUGUUGGUUAGCUGUGGAGUCAAACACAUCAAGUUUUGGACCCUCUGUGGAAAUGCACUAAAUCCUAAAAAAGGUCAAUGGUGGACUUAAUUUCUUCCUAUUUCUUCUAAAAUUUAAAAUCCAUUGUAAUUAAAUACGUCAAUUGAAUGAAAUGAAUUGUUACCACUGGUUAUCAAACCUAAUGUCAUCUUUAAAGUUAAACAUGUGCAUGAAAAGAAUGGGCAAUUUAAAGAAUGGUGCUCAUACUUGUAUAUAAUGAUUGCUUCCAGAAUUAGAGAGGUAAUUUUAUAGAGCAUUUGAACCACACAAUGCUAAACUUAUACAGAACAUAUACAAGGGGACUACUGCUGUAUGAUUCAUACAAAUCAAUGUAGUCUUCCUCUUCUUAUGACUACUCUAAAACAUCUAUCACACCUCUUUUAUGUGGAUUGUUCUAUGAUCAAUAUGGUCACCUCUUCAUGCAUACCGUUGAAUCUGUCUCUUUGGUUUCUACAGUGAAUAUUAAUAGAAGAUCAAGUGUUAUGUUACAUUUGUUAUAACUACUCAAAGGAAAACAACUCACGCACGAUAUACUGGUUCUUUUGAUGACACCAAAGGGACAGACUCAUGCAAGUAGAUAGGUUAUAGUUAUCAGAAAACUGGCUAGAAAUUGUGUGAAGUUUUGAGGGAAAUUAAUUACCUCAAGAGGAGUAUGUAAGGAGAGAUAACCAGUGUACCUGAUAAAGUAGCCACUGUUUGUAGUAGUUAAGUACUUAAGUACUUUUUAAGAGUUCUCUUGUUUAUGUUGGGGGUAAAAUCUUAUUUGCAGACUUAAAGCAGUAUCCAACGUUGUUUGAUCCAGAAUUUCCUUUAUUUUGUAGCCCUAAAUUGUAAUUACAGUGCUGUACUCAUAGGAGACAAAGGGCAUUUCUGGUGAACCUGUGAGAAUGAAUAUUUACCAACAACAUAAAAUUAAUUAUAAGCAUUAUUCUAAUGUUUAAUAUUCCUACAGGUGUCUUUGGCAAGGCUGGAGAAAUUCAAACAAAUCUUUGUUUAGCAUUUGGUCCUAAUGAUGUGACAUUUUCUGGAACUCUUAGUGGUGAAAUUUACAAAUGGAAAGGUCAUAAUCUGGCAGGAUCCAUCCCAAAUGCUCACACCGUAAGUGAAUUAUAAAUUCCAACUGUUUUAUUCACUUUGAGUGAUAGUGAUGGAUAUGCAUGUAAACAGUUCAAAUUUAGAAUUAAACCUGAACAUUCAAAUGAAUGCUCAGGUUUAAUCCUAAAUUUGAUUUACUUAUUACAUGCAAGAGCUGAUGCUGACGAUCAUUACAAGCUGCAGCCUCGAUUUUUGGGACGAAGCAACGCUCGGUUUCUGGUGUGUAUCAAACACACAUCACGUGUAAUAUUAUCCAGAGGGAGAGCCAUGGAAGAAAAUUACAUUAACAAAGUAAAUUUGACUUAAAACCAACAUUACCUGUCGUAAGAUUUGGCACAGCGAUGAAAACAAAAAACAAAUUCUGAUGAGUCAUCAAAACUAAUCACUCACUCCCUCAUGCCCAUGAACACCAUCAGGCAUGUAGGGCGGCAACAAAGGAUUGCCACCCCUGUCUAUUCUGGGCCAGCUUCUGAAUGGUUCCGAUGACUCUAGAAGCCCAUCACACCCAGUAGCGUCGAUUUCCUCUGUUGCUGUUUCUGUAACAGGAGUGUUUUUACAGAACGGGUUUGUUAGUUCUGUAUCCAACCCCCAAUGUGGAGGACCAGUGCAUCAUGCUUUGUCAGGCCUCUACCCCUCGACAUGUCUGGCAUGGGUGGUUGUACCAGGAAACAAAUCUCCUGCCAGCAUAGCUCUAGGGGUUACUGAGACGCGCAAGCCCACUGAUCGCAACGUGUAG